CACUUCCAGUUUAUCAGGUUCUAGGCAAUCUACAAGUCAAAUGGCGGGCUCGCAGUACAGCCCGUUGACUCCUCGCGAAAGGGAGAUGAGGGAGCUCCAACAGGUCGAAAGGAUCCGUGCAGAGUUAGAGAAAGAUCUGAAAGAGGCUACCGAUAGAGAAAAAGAGAUAAAGAAUAGAACAGCCAGGCUUGAAACAUUAGAGGCUGACAAAGCGAACUUAGAGGGCUUAGAUGACUCAGGAAUGAAUGAGCCCAUGAAAGUGUUGAGGGACAACAUGCUGUCGCUGCAUGCACACGUGGACAACAGGAUGGACUUCAUGCAGAACACUUUGGACCAGAUCCUGGACAUUUUGACAAAGCCAAGAUUUAGGCCACCAGCGCAAUCGCCGUUGCCGUUAACGGCGAUGUCAGGCCCCUUUCCAGUUCAAGCUGGUUCACAACCAAGUGGUACGUCUGCAGCAGCCGCACAGACUGUUGCAUCUUCUUCUUCGGGUCCAACGGUGAUUGCUACAUUACCACAACAACCUGUUCAGCAAUCUGGACAGUCGCAAGGUCAAUGGUACCCCAAGACCCCAAUGAAACCGCCUCUUGCCUUCUCAGGCGAGAGAAAGGACGAGGAACUCAACACAUGGUUGAGGACGGUCCCGGUUUGGGUGAAGGCCAAAAGGACCUUGCCUGAGGACGAAGUGGUAAUUGCGGCGUCUUACCUAGAGGGUGAGGCAGCCAAGUGGCUAGAUGGUGUAGUUGUGAAGGCCGGUUGUGCACCGGACACCAUGGUUGACACCCGUAGUGGGAAGAGUACUGCCCCCUACAUGCAGGCUCAGGAAGAGCAAUUCGCUGCCAUUUUGAAAGAGAGAAGGGAGAAGAAGGAAAAGAAGGAGCUCCUCAAGCAGGCGAAGUUAAAGGCGAUAGCGGAGGAGCAGGCGGCAAAGAAGAAGAAGAUAAAAGAGGAGAUGAUGAGACUACAGAAGGAGAAGAUGUUGAAGUUACAGAAGGAGGAGGAAGAGAAGAGGAAGGCUGCUGAAGAGGAAGCAGCAGAAGAGGAGGAGGUAGAAGAAGAACCCCUUGAAAGGAGGUGUGGGGAAGAUAGAGGAGAAACAAGUGGCACGAAGGGAGAGAACGCCUGGAUGAAGAAAAAGAUUAGCGAGUGGGUGGCUAAUUUAUCAUUGGGGGAGGAUGAGGAGGCACUGUUGUACGUGCCGCAGGAGGAGAGAGAAGUGUUCGCCAGGGAAUUGGAAGCGAUAGAGGAUCCCUUAGAACGCCAGACAACAGAGGACAAAAAGAAGUUGGAGUGGAAGUUACGUAUGAUGAGGGAGAAGAAGAGAAGGAGGGAGAAAACCAACCGGGUGGCUAGAGAGGUGGAGAGAGUCCGGGCAUGCAGGCAGGAAGUUCAGGCACAGGCCGAAACCCCUGCGAAGUUAGAUAAGAUUUUGGGUUACUUGGAGGUUCUGAGUGAGGCCUGGCUCGAGGAGCAUCAGGCUAAUAAGGGUCAAGAUGUGACCCUUCAUGCCAUCCAGUCUGGGUUUAGAGAGUUUGCGCGUGACGUGGUGACCCACAUCGGGACCGAGGUCAAAAGAUUGAAGGAAGGCGUAGACAAGUUCUGCGCAGGCGCCAUUGAAAGCGCCAAAGUGGUGGCCACAGCAGAGGCCGCAGCGCGUUCCCGCAAAGAGCCCGUGAAGCUCAAAUUUCCUGACGCCUAUAGCGGGAAGAAGGACGAUAGUUUUGAUAACUGGGAGGCUAGCGUUAAUACUUAUUUACAGCAUAUUGCCCCAGAGGAACAAGUCCUUGUAGCCUUCCACGCGUUGAAGGACGAAGCAGCCAGCUACGCCAGGUCCCUUGCGCGCGCUGCUGAUUGCGAGCAUAAUAUGAUUGUUUAUUCUAGGGUCACCCCUCUCUCCACGUUCCUCAAACUUCUGCGUGAGAGGUUCGCUUACGCCACAAGAGGCGUCAGGGCCUCUGACAAACUCCAAACUAUCCACUCGCGACAAUGGAGGAGUGCGAGAGCACUCAAAGCUGUCAUGGACGACUUAGUAGCCGUCCCAAACCACGGGGUCACUGAGACCCAGCUGGUCCAAUUGUUCUAUCGUGCCAUGCCAGAGCCCUUGCGAGGGCAUUUCUUUGACAAGACUCAACAGGCGAACAUAACGUAUGAUGCAUUGAGUAGGGAAGUGGUCUUGUUCGAGGUGAAGUCUAUGCCAGUUUCCACUUUCUGGCAUAAAGACUUAGAUAAGGGAAAGAAGUGGAAAGGUCGUACCAUCUCUGGCCAAGUUAGGGCCAAGGAUCACCUGAUCCUUACGUUAGACGAGGGUGGUACUGACGAAGUCCCCUACAGUCAGAUAGAGUGGGGGCUCGAGGAGGGGGACAAUAGUGUAGGGCAGGGGAGGUCCUAUGUUGCUGUUGCGGCUGGAGGGAGGCCGCAAAGUAGAGGAGGAGGCCAGGGCCAAAGGGGCCAGGCCACGGGAGGACGAGGACCGGGCGCACAGGGGGUUGGCGGUCAAGGGAACCGUCAAGUGGGAGGCAGGGGUCAAGAGGGAGUCCAAGCGUAUUUCCGCCUAGAGAAAGAUGGGAAGGUGGAGAAAGUUCUCCAUUCCCUGACUCUCCAAGUACAGGAUGACCUUCCUUUCGACAUAGUCCUAGGUAUGGACUGGGGAGAGGCAGCAGGGGCCACACUUCAUUUGAGAGAACAUGAGUGUAGGCUCCCUAGUCCGACAAGCGAGGUUAAGACAGCCCGUCUGUUCCACGUGUCAGGAGUAGAUAACUCGCUGGCACAUUGCUGUCUCAGUGCUCUCGCGUUUGCGCGACUAGUGAGAAAGGAGCAGUUAGAGGAUCAGGUCUUCGUAGUUUAUGUCAGACCUGUCACUGAGCCUAAAGAAGAGGAUAGUUCCAUGGAUCCAGCCAUUGCCAAGCUGCUGGAAGAGUUUAAAGAUCUGACAGAGCCACCGACAGGGGUGGUGCUGCGGUCGAUCCAACACAUAAUAGAGAUAGAGCCUGGCAGUAGAACUCCUAAGGGAGCAGUCCACAGGAUGUCCCCUAGAGAGUUAGAGGAGCUGCGCAAGCAGUUGGAUGAGCUCCUUGAGAAAGGUUGGAUUAGGCCCAGUUCGUCUCCUUUUGGAGCACCAGUUUUGUUUGUCCCCAAGAAGGAAGGAGAGUUGCGAAUAUGUAUAGACUAUAGGGGUUUGAAUGCGAUCACAGUAAAGAACGCUGAGCCACUGCCCAGGAUAGACGAUCUUUUAGAUCGGGUGCAGGGGUGCAGAUAUUUUUCGAAGAUAGACUUAAAGUCCGGGUAUCAUCAGAUAGAGGUCCAUCCUGACGACCAGUACAAGACUGCGUUCCGGACUAGAUAUAUGCAUUACGAGUUCAUGGUGAUGCCCUUUGGACUGACCAAUGCGCCAGCUACAUUCCAACGAUGUAUGAAUGAUUUGUUUAGGCCUUGGUUAGAUAGAUUCGUCGUAGUUUACUUACACGAUAUCUUAGUGUCCAGUAGGACCCUCCACGAGCACCACGGUCAUUUGAGGCAGGUCUUGGAGAAGUUGAGAGAGGCUAACUGCAAGAUCAACGCAAAGAAGUGCGAGUGGGCCAAGACACAAGUCCUGUACUUGGGCCACGUGUUAGACGGAGAUGGCAUUAAGCCUGAGAACAAUAAGAUAGCGACGAUUAGAGAUUGGCCGACACCCCGCACAUUGACUGAGUUGCGGUCGUUCUUAGGUCUGGCUAACUACUAUAGGAAGUUUGUGAGGAACUUCUCGACUAUCGCCGCUCCCCUUUGUAGGUUGCUCAAGAAAGAGGCAAUCUGGCAGUGGGAUAGAGACUGCACGUCUGUGCUAAAGAAGUUAAAGCGCACGUUGAUAGAGUACCUUGUCCUCAAAGUAGCAGAUCCGUCUCUGCCAUUUGUCGUCACCACGGAUGCGAGUCAAUAUGGGAUAGGCGCCGUGUUACAGCAGGAUGACGACAAUGGCUACAGACCCGUAGAGUUCAUGUCAGUGAGGAUGCCCUCAGAGAAGGUUGCUACCCCGACGUAUGAGAGAAAACUCUACGCUCUCAAGCAGGCCUUAGAGCACUGGAAGCAUUACCUGCUUGGGAGGCACUUCAAGGAGUAUUCAGACCAUGAGACACUUAGAUGGCUGAAGACACAGGCCAAGAUGAUACCUAAGUUGACCAGGCGGGCCGCUGAGAUAGACCAGUACGACUUUGAGCUCAAGCCUGUUAAAGGCAAAUACAAUGUAGUGGCGGACGCUCUAAGUAGGAGAUCAGACUACUUUGGAGCUAAAGUUCACUAUCUGGACAUAGGGAGUGACCUGCAGGAGAAAGUUAGACAAGCGUAUGCGCAGGACAAUAUCUAUAGCGACCUCCUCAAGAGAGUCAAGGAGGCCCCAGAGACCGAACCAGAUUACCGCACUACAGAGGGGUUGUUAUUUGAGAAGACCACUGUAGUGGACCGUCUGUGCGUUCCUAACAGCGAGGAGAUCCGUAGUUUGAUCCUAGGGGAAUGCCACGACACAGAGGGACACUUCGAUAUCAUAUAUUCUGCAGAAUCAUGUGCCGACACUUGGAUAGAAACAGAGACUAAAGCAUUGACGGAGGAUGGGUGCCCAAGGGUAUGGGUUGUGACAUCCGAUAGAGCACAACAGCAUAUGGCCCUGGGAAUGACAGCAGCGAUGGAUCAGAAAACAGGCGAGACUGACGAGGCCUACGAGGCACGGCUGGCGGCCAUCAUGGCCGAAACCAAGCAGCGAGCAGACGCAGCGGCAGCAGCACGAAAGAAGAAAGAAGCAGAGGCAGAGAGACUACGUCUUCUGGCUGAAGAACAGCGGCAGAAGCACGCGGCAGCAGCAGCCAAGGCCGCUGAUGAAGAACGCGUACGGCGACGCGAGAUUAUAUUCAAGGAGGAAAGUGCCUUACACGCACAGGCCAAGGAUUGGCAGAGGGAGGCCGAGAAUGGCGAUCCCGUUGACGUCGGGAGCAGAGUAUCUCAACUGCUCAACCGUGUCACGGACCUCCUCGCGACUUGCAUCGCGCAGCAGGAGGACAUCUACUCCCUCGAUCACGCUAACAAGGCGCUGCAACAGUCGUCGGACCAGAUGCUCAAGCGCAUUCAGCAGCUGGAGCAGCAGGUCGCUAACGCCAAUGCCAGCGCCGGCCCUUCCGACCUCGCCGACUGCGUCAAUGUCUUGGAGAUAGACGUGGGGACACUCAAGGCCGGGGCGCAACAGCACGUCUGCGCCGCAGCCAGCUCCAGCACGACGCCACGCGAGACCAUUGUCAGGUUUGACGGGCUCCCGAUCUUCUGUGACGCAUCGAAGACGGACCCCAUACAAUGGUGGCGCCAGUUCGACCUCAGCUGGACCUCCACCACGUCGCCAACGAGAACCAGCACGCCUAUUUCCGACUCUCCACCUACGGACUUGUCUUCAGACCCCCGGGUGGUGCGGUUGCUCGACGAAUUCGCCGACGUCUUCGAGUCACCUACCGGCGUGGUGCCGGAUCGGCCAAUCUCUCACGAGAUCAUUCUCGAGGCCGGUGUCGUGCCUCCAAAAGGUUGCAUUUACCGCAUGAGCGAGGAGGAACUUACAGUACUCCGCGCGCAGCUCGACGACUUGUUGGACAAAAGCUGGAUCCGGCCUAGUAGCUCACCCUAUGGUGCGCCGGUUCUCUUCGUUCGGAAGAAGAACAAGGACCUUCGCUUAUGCAUCGAUUACCGCAAGCUCAAUGCGCAAACCGUCAAGAACAUGGGACCUCUUCCUCGUAUUGACGACCUUCUGGAGCGCUUGGGCGGCGCAAAAUUCUUUUCUAAGCUGGAUUUGAAGUCAGGAUAUCAUCAGAUCUCGAUUCGGCCGCAAGAUCGCUACAAGACCGCGUUCAAGACACGGUACGGGCACUUCGAGUGGGUUGUUAUGCCUUUUGGACUCACCAACGCCCCAACGACUUUUCAGGCGACAAUGACCAACGAGUUCCGAGCAAUGUUGGACCGGUUCGUGCUGGUCUACUUGGACGACAUCCUCGUCUAUAGCCGGAUCUUGGAGGAACAUCUUGACCAUCUUCGACGAGUGUUGGAGACACUCCGGCGCGCCAAGUUCAAAGCCAACCGCGACAAGUGCGAGUUCGUACGUCAAGAGUUGGAAUACUUGGGCCACUUCAUCACUCCACAAGGCAUCAGUCCGUUGUCGGAAAAGAUUCAAGCCGUCCAAGAUUGGCCGGAGCCACGGAACGUCACGGAUGUUCGAUCAUUCCUCGGCCUCGCCGGCUACGACCAACGUUUCAUCAAAGGCUACUCGAAGAUCGCGGCUCACUUAACCAAGCUUCAAUGUGAGGACCGGUCGUUUGACUUCAGGACGGAUGCGCGGGAAUCAUUCUUGGCCCUCAAGGCCGCAUUGCUUUCCGCGGAGAAAGUGUCGGCCGUGCACUCCAUCGAUGAUGCACGGAAGAAGAAACUUCUCGCCUUCGACCACGCACUCAAGUGGUGGCGGCACUUCCUCCUCGGUCGACGCCAGUUCCGAUGGGUAACGGACAACAAUCCGUUGGUCUUCUACAAGUCUCAAGACACCGUCAACAGCACCAUCGCCCGUUGGAUGGCCUUCAUCGACCAAUUCGACUUCUUUCCCGAUCACAUUCCGGGGAAGUCGAACCGUUUUGCGGAUGCUCUUUCGCGGCGUCCGGACCACUGCACCGCGGUCUACUCAACCUUCGUGAUCGAGGACGACUUGCGAGACAGCUUCAUCCGCGGCUAUCAAGCCGACCCCGAGUUCCGCGACAAGUACGCGAAUUGUUCCUCUCCCAAUCCGGCGUCUUCGCACUAUCGGAUCCAAGAGGGAUACUUGCUUCUUCAUUCGCGGGGGAAGGAUCUCCUUUGUGUGCCGCAAGAUUCACAUUUGCGCACCCGGCUUCUUGGUGAGUUUCACGACGCCCCCGCCACCGGACACUUUGGAGUCAAUCGCACGAUUGGCCGACUACGCGAGCGCUUUUGGUGGCCCGGUCUCCGCGACGACGUCAUGCGCUAUUGCGAGUCAUGCGAAGUUUGCCGACGUUGCAAACCUCGCAAUCAUCGUCCAUAUGGCGAACUGCGACCAUUACCGGUCCCCUUGCGCCGAAGGGAAGCGAUUGCCAUGGAUAUCACCGGGCCGUUCCCCAAGCACAAGACGGGCGUCGAUGGGAUUCUCACGGUGGUUGACCGCUUCACCAAGUUUGCCAUGUUCUUGCCUUGCCGCUAUCACGCCAAGGCACCGGAGUUGGCCGAGGCUCAACAAGAGCAGAUGGCCGCCUUAGUGAAAGAGAAUAGAGAGAGGAAAGAGCUCCUAAAGCAAGCGAAAUUGAAAGCAAUCGCAGAGGAGCAGGCGGCGAAAAUGAAGAAAUUGGAGGAGGAAAUGGAGGAGAAAAAAAAGGCCGCCGAGGAAGAAGCGACAACAGAAGAAGCAGAAGAGAGAAGACGCAGGGAAGCAAAAGGGGAGAGUAGUGGCACGGCGAAUGAGGAUGCAGAGAUGGAGAAGAAGAUCAGCGAGUGGAUAGCCAAUUCAUCGUUGGGGGAAGAUGAGGAGGCACAGUUGUAUGUGCCACUGGAGGAGAAGGAGGCGUUUGCCAAGGCACUAGCAACGAUUGAGGACCCCCUUGAACGACAGGAGACAGAGGAUGAGAAGAAGAGGGAGAAGAAGAGGAGGAGGGAGGAAGUUAACCGGUUGACCACAGAGGUGGAGAAGGUGAGAGCCUGUAGGCAAGAAGUGCAGGCGCAGGCAGAUGUUUCUGCCAAAAUGGAUAAGAUGCUGGGUUAUCUGGAGGUAUUGAGUGAGGCCUGGCUGGAAGAGCGCCAAGCCAACUGGGGUCACAAUGUGGCCCUGAAUGCCAUGCGGUCAGGGUUUCGAGAGUUUGCGCGCGACAUGGUUACCCACGUUGGGGCCGAAGUCAGGCGGUUGAGAGAUAACGUGGGGAAGUUUUGUGAAGGUUCCAUUGAGGGUGCCAAAGCAGCAGCCACAGUCGAGAGUGAGGCCAGACCCCGCAAGGACCCAGUUAAGCUUAAGUUCCCAGACACGUACGGCGGGAAGCCCGAGGAGAAUUUCGACAAUUGGGAGGCUAGCGUAAACAGUUAUGUCUACUUACAGCAUAUCUGGAGGAGUGCCAGGGCGCUCAAAGCCGUUAUGGACGACCUGGUGGCCGUCCCGGACUAUGGGGUGACUGAGUCCCAACUGGUCCAACUUUUCUAUCGUGCCAUGCCGGAGCCCUUACGAGGGCACUUCUAUGAUAAGUCCCAACAGCCCACUAUGACGUAUGAUGCGCUCAGUAGGGAAGUGGUGUUGUUCGAGGCAAAGUCGAUGCCAGUUUCCACUUUUUGGCACAAAGACUUAGACAAGGGCAAAAAGUGGAAAGGUCGUACCAUCUUUGGCCAAGUCAGGGCCAAGGAUCAUAUGAUCCUUGCAUUGGAGGAAGGUAGUACUGACGAGGUCCCGUACAGUCAAAUUGAGUGGGGCCUCGAGGAGGAGGACGGUGGCAUGGGGCAAGGGAGGUCCUGUGCCGCUGUCGCAGCUGGAGGGAGGCCGCAAGGUAGAGGAGGAGGCCAGGGCCAAAGGGGCCAGGCCAUGGGAGGCCGAGGAUCAGGUGCACAGGGGCUUGGCGGUCAAGGGAACCAACAAGCGGGAGAUCCGUCUUUGCCAUUUGUCGUCACCACAGACGCGAGUCAGUAUGGAAUAGGCGCCGUGUUACAGCAAGAUGACGGCAAUGGCUACAGACCCAUAGAGUUCAUGUCAGCAAGGAUGCCCUCAAAGAAGGUAGCCACCUCGACGUAUGAGAGGAAACUCUACGCUCUCAGGCAUGCCUUAGAGCACUGGAAGCAUUACCUGCUUGGGAGACACUUCAAAGUGUAUUCAGACCAUGAGACGCUUAGAUGGCUGAAGACGCAGGCCAAAAUGACACCUAAGUUGACUAGGUGGGCCGCUGAGAUAAACCAAUAUGACUUUGAGCUCAAGCAUGUGAAGGGCAAGUACAAUGUAGUUGCGGAUGCUCUGAGUAGGAGAUCGGACUACUUUGGAGCUAUAGUUCACUAUCUGGACAUAGGGAGUGACCUGCAAGAAAAGUUAGAUAGGCAGUUUGAUUAUCCCAAUAAGAAGAAGAAGAUGAAGAAGAAGAUGAAGAAGAAGAAGAAGAAGAAGGAGGAGGAGGAGGAGAAGGAGAGGAAGAAGAAGAAGAAGAAGAAGAAGAAUGAGGAGAAGAAGAGAAGGAAGAAGAAGGAGAAGAAGAAGAAGAAGGGGGAGAAGAAGAAGAAGAAGAAGAAGAAGAUGAAGAUGAAGAUGAAGAAGAAGAUGAAGAAGAAGAUGAAGAAGAAGAAGCAUCUUCUUCCUUCCACUCACCUUGUCAAUAUCUUGGAGAUGGAGUCUCAAUCUUGAUGAGGCUCUCCGCCUCCUUGCACAACUCCUCCUUGGCUAUGGCUCCCUCCUUCUUCAAGCCUCUCUUGUUCCUUUUUCACCUCCUCCCAAGUUGCCUCAAGCUCCCAUCACCAUGGCUAUGGAGUCCUCCCCUCUAGGAGGGCUAAUGGGGCUCCCUCUAACCUCUCUCUCUCCCUCACCCGCAGGGGGCUAUGGCGGAUCACCUCCCCUAGUGCCAGCCUCACUACCUCUAGUCCCUAGAUCUC